AGGGUAGGGCCGUGCAUGCCGCAGCCCUGUGGGCCGGGUGGCUGCAGCUCCCUCCAGGCACGCACAGCCCCGCGCGCCGCAACCCCGCCCCUCUCGACCCCGCCUGUGGCUCCGUACCGGCACGCCGCGGGCAGCCGGGGUCCUCGGGGCGGGGCAGGGGCGGGGCCUGACGCCGGCAAGAUGGCGCCAAAAGGGAAAGGCGGCGGCAAAGCUGGGAAGGGCGGCGACAGCGGCAGCAGCGAGGGCAAAGCACAGGGCCCGAAAGGAGGCGGCAACGCCGUCAAGGUUCGGCACAUCCUGUGCGAGAAGCACGGCCGGGCCAUGGAGGCCAUGGAGAAGCUGAAGUCCGGGCAGCGCUUUAGCGAGGUGGCGGCACAGUACAGCGAGGACAAGGCCAGGCAAGGGGGAGACCUGGGCUGGAUGACCAGAGGCUCCAUGGUGGGACCAUUCCAGGAGGCAGCGUUUGCCCUGCCUGUGAGCAGCAUGGACAAGCCCGUGUACACCGACCCUCCCGUCAAGACCAAGUUUGGAUACCACAUUAUCAUGGUGGAAGGCAGAAAAUAAAAUGUGAAUGACUAUGA